CGCGGGUGGCAGAGGGGGCAGCUUAAUGGGUCGGACCGCAGCGGCGGCCGCAGGAGGGGCGAACCGGCGGGUGUUCUAGGAGGCUGUGGCAUGGCAGGGCGGCGGGUGAACGUGAAUGUGGGAGUGCUGGGUCACAUCGACAGCGGCAAGACAGCGCUGGCGCGGGCGCUGAGCACCAAGGCCUCCACCGCCGCCUUCGACAAGCAGCCGCAGAGCCGCGAGCGUGGCAUCACACUUGACUUGGGUUUCUCGUGCUUCUCGGUGCCGCUACCGGCGCGUCUGCGGUUAGCGAUUCCAGCGCCCGACCCGGCGCUGGAGGCCAGUCCGGAUCUCAGCGAGUUGGAGCUUCAGGUCACGCUGGUCGACUGCCCUGGGCACGCCUCCCUCAUCCGGACCAUCAUUGGCGGGGCCCAGAUCAUUGAUCUCAUGAUGCUGGUCAUUGAUGUGACCAAGGGGAUGCAGACCCAGUCAGCAGAAUGCCUUGUGAUUGGACAGAUUGCCUGCCAGAAGCUGAUCGUGGUGCUGAACAAGGUGGACCUCUUGGCUGAAGGGAAGAGACAGGCAGCAAUAGAUAAAAUGACCAAGAAAAUGCAGAAAACCCUACAGAACACCAAGUUCCAAGGUGCACCGAUUAUAGCUGUGGCAGCUAAGCCUGGGGGACCAGAGGCCCCUGAAACAGAAGCUCCACAGGGCAUCUCAGAGCUCAUUGAGCUCCUGACGUCCCAGAUAUCCAUCCCAACGAGAGAUCCCUCGGGACCAUUCCUCAUGUCUGUGGACCACUGUUUCUCCAUCAAAGGCCAGGGCACUGUGAUGACAGGGACCAUCCUCUCAGGCUCCAUCAGCCUCGGUGACAGUGUGGAGAUUCCUGCCCUCAAGGUUGUGAAGAAGGUCAAGUCCAUGCAGAUGUUCCACAUGCCUGUCACCUCAGCCAUGCAGGGAGACCGGCUAGGCAUCUGUGUCACUCAGUUUGACCCCAAGCUGCUGGAACGUGGCCUGGUGUGUGCCCCUGAGUCCCUGCACACUGUCCAUGCAGCCCUCAUCUCCGUGGAGAAGAUCCCAUAUUUUCGGGCACCCCUGCAGACCAAAGCCAAGUUCCACAUCACAGUGGGCCAUGAGACAGUCAUGGGCCGGUUGAUGUUCUUCAGCCCUUCUCCUGACAGCUUUGACCACGAGCCUGUGCUGGACACCUUCGACUUCUCCAAAGAAUACCUGUUCCAGGAACAGUACCUCUGCAAAGAUCUGGUGCCGGGGGCAGUAAGCAGUGAUCAAGCCAAUGAGAAGGUGGGCCAGGCCACAGAAGGCCAGUAUCCUCGGCAACAGUGGGCCCUCAUAGAGUUUGAGAAGCCUGUCACCUGCCCUCGGCUGUGCCUGGUGAUUGGUUCCAAGCUAGAUGCGGACAUUCACGCCAACAUGUGCCGUCUGGCCUUCCAUGGCAUCUUACUGCAUGGGCUGGAGGACAAGAACUAUGCUGAGACCCUCUUGCCCAGGCUAAGAGUAUACAAGUUGAAGCACAAGCAUGGUCUUGUAGAGCGGGUAAUAGACAACUACAGUGUGAUCGGCCGCUCCCUAUUCAAAAAGGAGACCAACAUCCAGCAAUUUGUGGGGCUCAAGGUGCAACUGUCCACUGGGGAGCUAGGGAUCAUUGACAGCUCCUUCGGCCAGAGUGGCAAGUUUAAGAUUCACAUCCCUGGUGGCCUCAGCCCCGAGUCCAAGAAGAUCCUGACACCUUCCCUCAAAAAGCGGAGCCGGGCCAGUGGAGGGGAGGUGGCCAAGCAAGAGGAGGUUGUGGAGCGCCCAGAGACCACGCAGCAUGUCACACUCAACUUGUCUUUUAAGCGUUACGUCUUUGACACCCACAAGCGUAUGGUCCAGUCUCCCUGAGUGACCCCAGGACCACCUUGCCUGGGCCCAGGCUGGGCCCAGUGCCAGAUGCCCAGUUAGAUGUGCCUCGACCUCUUACAGUCUCCCCCCACAGCUCUAUAGGCAGCAAGCCCCUAGGCCCAGCAUUCAGCCCCAGUGGGAAGGCCAAGGGCCAGCAGGAGGCAGGGUCCUGUGAGGGGACAGCACCCAAGGAGGAAUGGGACUCUGCUAGAGAACUGGCUGCCAGUAUCUCCCAGGCUGCCCAACUGAUGGUAACUGAGGGCCACUCCCCACACUGCCCCCUUCAGUAGCUGGACACUUGUCCAGCUUCAAAUAAAUGUCUCAUGGUACCCCCCA